AUGAGGCUCAAGCCCCGGCACCUCUUAAAAAACAACAACCCAACAAAUUCACCACAGGUGGGGAGAUUUUACACGACCCCUCAGCGCCCACAGCCGCGGGCGGCCCACCCCGGGAGGAGGAAAGCAGACGCCGCGCGGACCCCCCUCAGGCGCACCUGCGCCGCGACCCCCGCCGCGCGCCCACCGGCUCCUUACCUCUCCGGCGGCAGCAGCAGCUCGGUCUCCCUCCCCCGCUUCACCCUUCCGGGAGCGACGCCUGACUCCCUUUCGCGGCGCCCGGUAGGGAGAGACGUCGCGCGUUCGCUGACGUCACUGCGACGCGUCCCGAGCCGGCGCUUGGCGGGAACCUUUGAAAGGCGAGCGAAGGGUGGCUGA